CGCGAAGCCUCUUCAAUGCGUAUGCGCCGCGAUAAGCAUUACACUUCCAUACGCUGGUGUCUCUCGGACACAGCGUUUCUCGGGCCAUGGCUUCCAUCCUGGAAAGCUGUCGUGAGUUGGUAGUGGAGUUGGGCGUAUACUUAUGGUGCAUUGUGGCCAGGCUGGUGUUUGCACUGUGGUUCUCCUGGAGAAAGCCUGUACCACUGCCAGCGGUCACUGACGAGCUGCUGCGGCGUUCCGCUACAUCUCUUGCGGCCGACAUCAGAGAUGGCAAGGUCAAAAGCGUGGACCUCGUCUCGGCCUACAUCAGGCGCAUCCGGGAAGUGCAGCCCAUCAUCAACGCUGUCGUCGAGGAGAGAUUUGAGGAAGCGCUCGAAGACGCCAAGGAGGUUGACAGACUGGUGGCAUCGGGAAACAUGAGCGCAAGCCAAAUGAGCAAGAAAAAGCCGUUGCUGGGGCUGCCGUUCACUGCCAAGAACAGCAUUGCCAUCAAAGGUUUGCGACAGGACGCGGGCUCCUUGUUCUGGCGUGGACGGCGGGCCGUGGAGGACGCCCCGAGCGUGGCGUUGCUCCGGGCAGCCGGAGCCAUCCCGCUGGCGCUGACCAACGUACCAGAGAUGUGCAUGUGGGGCGACUCGCAGAACCUGGUCGACGGAUGCACGCGGAACCCGCACGACACGCGCCGAAGCCCCGGAGGCAGCAGCGGUGGAGAGGGAAGCCUCCUGGCUGCAGCUGGCUCACUGAUUGGCCUAGGCACAGACAUCGCCGGAAGCCUGCGAAUACCAGCCGCCUACUGCGGGGUCUUCAGCCACAAGCCAACAGCCGGAGUGGUGCCCAACACUGGCCUGCUGCCCGAUGUUGGAGAAAAUCUGGAGCAGUUCAACUGCGUGGGCCCCAUGGCCAAGUUCUCGGAGGACUUGCCGCUGAUGCUCAGCGUUCUGGCGGAAAGUGCGACCAGCGGGCUUAGACUAAAUGAAAAGGUAAAUCUGAAGACGCUCAAGCUGUAUUACAUGGACACAGAGGGAAGCCUUUACAUCAGCCGUGUGACCACUGAGGCUCGCCGGGCAGUUAGACGGGUAACCCAGUACUUGAGGGGGGCGCACGGACUCGAAGCGCAUCGGCUGCACCUGCCCGAGAUGCGAUUUGGCACGCUUAUGUGGUUCAAGGUGACCGGCGUCAAGGAGCCUAAGCCUUUGUCCGAGAUCUUCCGGCUCGGCGGCUUCAACACGUUAGUCGAACUGCUCCGCCACCUGGUGGGCGCUGGCCGGCACUCACUUGCAGCGUUGGCCGCGUCGAGCAUGGCACCGCUUUUCCGCUUCCGUUCCAAGCAGACGGCUGCAGACUACAUGACUUCCUUUGACAUCGCCCGCGACCGGUUCGAGGAGACGCUGGGGGACAACGGAGUGCUCGUCCUGCCCGCGGCCACCAGCGCUGCCCCGUUCCAGAAUCAGGACUUGCUAUUCUUGGAUUCGCUGGGCAUGACGGCACUGUUUAGCUUGUUCAAGGUGCCCGUCACGGUGUGCCCCGUAAUGUGGUCAUCGGAGAGAUUGCCCCUGUGCGUGCAGGUAGUGGCGAAGAGGGGAAACGACAGGCUAUGCCUGGCUGUCGCCAGGGAGAUCGAGAACCGCUUUGGUGGGUGGCUCGAUCCUUCGGCCAAACAGCCGGGUGGAGCCUGAUGUCCGGCAAAAGGACAGUUUUGUUGAGGCGAAAGCCUUAUAUGUCUCAUCGUUCAGUCGACCUCCAAUGUUCUUGAGUGAAAACCGUGUCGUCGAAGUGAAAUCGUACACGAUGGCGACUCGGACCCGGCGUCGUGUCUUACCUAUAUACAAAUGCUCAUGCAACAAUUCUGAUGGUGUGCAGGUUCACCGUCGCCAUCGUCUUCUAUGAGUAAGCAAGCAACGCUCGCUCAACAAUUUUGACGGUGCGCAGGCGAAGCAAGCAACGCUCACGCAAGAAUUUUGAUGGUGUGUGGGUCACUGUCGUCAUUGUGUUAAUUAAGAUAGAGUAAAUUCGGGCACUCGAACCCACGUCCUUUGGUAGUGGUUGAACCCUCGAGCUUGUGUGUUAGUCGAACUCAUCACCUUUGGCGUUACGGCCAAGGCAAUUAAGGCACAGUUAAAUAUAUAGAGUUAAUUAGGCACUCAAACCCACGAACUUUGGUGGAAAUCGAACUCACGACCUUUGGUGUUAAUUAGGGCGCAGUUAUUUAAGGUAACGUCAAUUAAGACACUCGAGCGCGCAGCAUUUGGUCGGAGAAAACAAUAAGAAGGGACAACACAUUCGAAUGAGAAUGCCAAGUUAUUUGAUGAAUGCCUCUUGAACGCGGAGGCUUUCGCCUUCAUCCUCUUUGGCCUAUGCUAAAGUGACUGCCAAUUUUUAUAGCUGUCCCUUCUUGUGAGGGCUUUUUAUGUUGGCCAGAAUUGCCCGGAAGCUGUUUCCAGGUGUGCGCAAUCACAAAGGAGGUGCGCGCCUCAGGAGAAAUAGCUUGUACGUACGCAUGUAAAAUAUUAUGGCGAAAGCUUUUUACGUCUCAUGGUGAGGUCUUCAUUUCAAGGACGUUUCAAAACCACGUCCUCGACACGAAAUGGUCCUCUUAGGAUAAGAGGCGACAAUGCACACAAAACCGCGAUUAAGGGUGGAAGAAUGAUUAAGCAAGUGAACUGAAGUGAUAAUGGGUAUACAGAGAGGUGAAUGAGGUGAUUUAAGUGUGCAUUGAUGGUGAAUUAAAGGGGUUUAGUUGGGUGAUAGGAGUCAAAGAAAAGGCAAUGAUGAGAUAGGGCGAGCUAAGAUAAUGAAGAGUAAAUGAGAGUGAAUUAAGAAUGAAGGAGAAUCAAGUGGUGAUAGGUUGAAUCAACGGUGAUGGAAAUUUGGAGUAAAAGAGCAAACCAAGUGUGAUGGAAGUAAAACCGAGAUGAUAGAGUGAGUGAAGGUGAAGAUCAAAAGUGAAUGAAGUGUGAAUUAAGAGUGGAGCAAGGGGUUAUGGAGUGGGGGACUGACUUACAAAAAACUAUGUGUUAAAAGGUAUAUGUGAGAUUUAAGGGUCCAAGUGACAGUGACUCAGCAAAAAAUCUGCUGAGUCACGGUUGGAUUUUGGUGAUUCAUAGGAUGUGUGACUUGCAAAAAAAAACUUGCAAAAAUGGCUGUAAAUUGUGCUUUCAGGGUGAUGAUGACUCAGCAAAAAAAAAAAAAAAACGUAGUCACGGUUCGAGUUUGGUGAAUAAAGGAUGACUUGCAAAAGUGACUGCAAAAUAUAGGUUCAGAAGGACGAUGACUCUGCAAAAGAGUGCUGAGUCACGGUCUGAGUUUGGUGAAGUAAGGAUGACAAGUUUGGUGAAAUAAGGACGUGUCAUUGAUUUAGCGGCGCUCGGGCUUUCGCCUUCAAGUCGUCUUAGUUAUAGCAUAAGGGACCUCUAUUAAUAUUAUUGUACAUUUGUUAUCUUGAGAAGUGAGAAUAUGUGCCGUAAAAAGCAUGUGGCAUUUUCCAAAAAAGGUUUCGCCACGGCCGUGCAUAAGCAGAAUUUCUAUUGUUUAUUAUUUUAAGCCAUUGCCCAGAAACACCCGCAUUUCAAGCGGGGUUGUUUUGCAGGAAGUUUGAAUAAAACAAAUUGCGAAUUUUCAGGCUUAAUUCCCCGCAGGUGUCCGUGCGUCAAAUGCGCGACAUCAAUAAUUAUGUAGUAAAAUUAUAUAGAGUCUCAACGCCUGACAGAACGCAGUCCCCGUGCAUUAGGCUGUGCAUUAGGCAGUAGGCUGUGCGGCCCCAAGGCUUGUCCUGCGCGCCAGAAGGCUGUUAGCACCUUGCACCUGAUGAGCCGUAUAUUGUUAGACCAGUGGUGCCUGUUCUUACAAGACUAGUGUUGUUGCCCCUUCUAUUUUACAUUUUUGACUAGUCUCUCGAACCUAGUUUUAAUGCCUCAUCAAAAGAGACCGGAGCCGGCUUGAAGCUGUCUAACGAGAAACUAUGCGAGUCCCUCCCUCCUUCGCCUAACACUAAUUUCUGCCCUUAUAAAGGAACACAUCUGAACACAGUAGAGCAACUCGUGGACCAAGCACCGAUAGGAGUUAGCUUGAAAUUGAAAACAUGAAAUAUAGUAUAAAGGAGUGCAUUCAUUGUCCCCUAAUAUCUCUAGCAAAUCCAUUCAUUCGAGAAUAAGCCAUGGUGCUAAGUCACGUCCCGGCCACGGCGGCCGCAUUUCGAUGGGGGCGAAAUGCGAAAACACCCGUGUACUUAGAUUUAGGUGCACGUUAAAGAACCCCAGGUGGUCCAAAUUUCCGAAGUCCCCCACUACGGCGUGCCUCAUAGUCAGAACUGGUUUCGGCACGUAAAACCCUGUAAUUUAAUUUUUUUAAUGCUAAGUCACGGUGGCAGCACAGUGAAAAUAACUGAAAAGGAGGGAACGGAUCGUCCUCCACUUGUUUUUGGAGGCAUAGUUUCUCCUGAUAACGAAAAUAAAGCAUUGAGUUUUAAUGAACAAUUCA